GUUCCCACGUUUACAGCCCCACACAAAGUGGCUUUACUCUUAUCACUCGUCUGCUUUCAGUCUCCUUUCAGUCAUCUCACACUCCCUGGGGAUCAUUAGCAUCUAUAUUAGGCCAUUCACUACCUCACCAGCAACUUUUAUAGGCACAACUCAAGAUCCCCUGCAACAGGCCAGGCGGGUUGUAUUUUUAGUUCCAUCUCCAUCUGCAGUGACUUAAAAAACGAACAGCCCACCAAGAGCAAGACUUCCAAGACUACAAACUUACUUGGUUGCGCGGAGUACUGCUUGCUUUCUUUCCCCUACCAGUGAAUGCUCCCGUUAAUGUGCGACAUCUGCCCUGCCAGCGGCGGGGACCCCUGCGAGUGCCGCUCUCCAGGCAGUGACAUCACGGCGCUGUGUGCUCGCCUGGGCGUGGGCGGGCGGGAGAGCGGAGCGCGGCUCCUCCUCGGGAGAGCUCUGCCCUGCUGCACACCGAGGAGAAACUGUCUUCCUUUUCUCCUCCUUAGUGAGUAUCAGACAUGGAUGCAUUCCAGACAAUCCUGAAGUUCUUUAUGAACCGGAAAACCGCUAUAGGUUACAGUUUCAUGGCGCUGCUGACAAUGGGAGGUGAACGUGUGUUUUCUCUUGUUGCUUUCAGAUGCCCGUGCAGCAAUGAAAACUUCAGGUACGGUUUGGUAUUUCUCUUCUCGCCAGCUCUUGUUUUGCUAGUUAUUGGAUACUUCUUGAACAGCAAGACCUGGAAACUCUUUACAGGCUGCUGGGUGAAUCCCAGGAAAAUAUUCCCCAGAGGGAAUGUUUGUCAUUUCUUUUACGUCUUUGGACAAAUCACUUUGAAUGCUCUGGUAGCACCGGUGAUGUGGCUUUCCGUGGCUUUGCUCAACGGGACUUUUUACGAAUGUGCCAUGAGUGGCUUGAAAAACCCUGCCUACUUACACGCAGUUUGCAACAGCAAAUCGGAAAAGUGCUUCGAAGAGCUGCACAAGGUGGCCUGUGACAAGAGCUCCCUGCCCUUUUCAGAGAGUGAUGAACUGAAAAGAACACUGCAAGCACAGUCCCAGAUUUUAGGCUGGUGUGUGAUAGUUACCACAGCCCUUCUCUCCCUGCUAACCACUUGCUGUGCCAGCUGCCAGUCAAAAGUCAGCCACCUCCAGCUGAUGUUCUGGAGAGUGUACGAGGGUACGGAGAAGGAGCAACUGGAGCAGAUUUUCCAGCUGUAUGCCACCAAGCUGAGCGAGAGAAACCUGAAGUGCUUUUUCGAAAACAAGGAACCAGAACCCAUUUCCCUGCCAGCUUUCCAGGCAUGGGAAGAUGCUUCCCAGCUCUACUCUUUCAGCAGCAGCAAGCAGCAUUAUAGCACCAUUCACAGGCUAGUUGAAGAAGGCCAGAAAGGAAGCAGUGAGGAAGGAGAGACAAUGCUGGACUUUGCGGACAGGAGGGAAAUACCAUAGACCAAGUAUAUUUUCAGCUUUUUUACAUCUUGUUAAUACGGCAUAUAUAACUGGCUUAAUCUCUGUAUUUUUUCACAAUACCCUCCUUCUUCUUAAGCAUGUUUCCUCCCAGUUAGAUACUUGCUCCAAAAGGAUGGAAUUAAAUUAUUUCCUUACACGAGUGAAAAGGCUGCAGUACUCCAUGGCACCCAGGGUUAACGUCACUGGCUCAGCAUCAAGAGCUGACAGCACAAAGGGAAUAAUGGCUUCUACAAGAGGCUUUUAACAAUAUGCCAUGUAAAAUGUGCUAUAGUGUGCUUGUCCUAUGUAUACCAAGAGACUAUCAACAAGAAAAGUCUUUUAAAGUGUGUGAAUAUAGUAACAAGAUACGUGUGGCUUUCUGACAGCCCACAGAAAAUAAAGGUUUUCCAUCCAGGUCAUUUCCAGGCCAGUUGUAGGUACAGCCUUGUUUUGAAGCACCAGUGAUCCCUCAAGGCUUCUCUGUCUUUGGAUAUUCUGCCUCUGUAGAACAUCUGCCUAUUAUCUGCUCCCAAUCUAGGCUUUCUCUUUUUAUGGAUAUAAAGUUCUAGUUUUGAGUGAGUUUCAGGCACUGUGUCCAGCCUGUAGUGCUAUGUUUUCUGUUGUUUCUGGGCCUGCAGCCAGUGUACAACAGACGGCCUGGAAGGAAAUUCUAGUUUUUAAGCCAAGAAAAUAUUUUUGCAGAAGACUGACUUUCAUUUUUUUGACUAUCCUAGGAAAUCAUAGUGUCUGGAGCAAAAAGAACCAGCAGGUGAGGCAACUCACCUCUGUGCCUCUGAUAAAUGCAUUUCACCCCAGAGCCCUGUGUUUUACCUCACCCACUUGGAAUUCAUCACAUGGCUCUCAGGGUGUUCAGAGUAUUCGCAAAUGCUGUAUAAAAAGAGAGCAAAGUUACUUUCCCUGGGGUAGCUGGGCAGGCUUUUGUGCAGCAUUUUAUUGCCAGUCUCUCCGAGUCUGCAAAGAAUCGUAAUUUUGUGGUGCUUGAAUAAUGCCCUUCUCAACAAACCAGGGUAUUCUGCCCAGCUGUUCUCAUACUCAUUGGGCUUUUUCAGCAGGUAAAAUCAUCUAUAUACACACCUUUACUCUUUAUGAAAUAAAACACAAGAGCUAAUUCAA